UGACUCGAGGGAAAUACCCAAACUAGUUAACGCAAUAAAAUCACGCAAAUUUUUUUUGUUUUGAACCGCAAGGUAGUUUCUGUCAGGUGUAAUUAUGAAUGAGUAGAAAUGCCAUCUUAUGCACCAGAAGGACAAUCAAGAGAAAGUUCUUACAUUUCGUUUACUAUUACAGGCCUCAGUGGAUUCAACUUGAAGAAAGGAGUUUUUUUUAAUCCCGAUCCGUAUGUAAAGUUAAGAAUCUUGCCUGGUCCAAACUGUAGGAAAUGUGCCCAUCAUAAACAGAGGCAUCACACAAAACAAGUUGAAGAUACUACUAAUCCAACAUGGAAAGAACAAUUUUACAUCCAAGUUCUUCGGUCUGACAUCAUCGAACUUGAAGUAAAAGAUAGAUUUGAUAAAGGAAGGCCGGUGUUUCGGAGGUUUCUUGGAAAACUAGAAGUUCCAGUCGGUGAAAUCCUGGAAAGAUUAAACUGCAGUGAGCAAAGGUACACUGGUGCACUUACGAAAAGGACGCCUCUGGAUCAUACAAGUGGAAGUCUUUCAUUUGUUAUUGCUGAUGGUCGUUCAAGUCUUUUCGGUUCAUAUCCUUAUAAUCUUAACAAUGGUAGAAGUCAAGUCCACCGAGCUAGUUCAAGCUCAAAUAGUGACCUGAACUUUUCAAUCAGGAGUCACAGUAUCGGUUCAUUUGCCAAUGAUGUUUCUGAAGCAUUAGAUGAAUGCAUAACGCGACAUUUUACAGAAACCGAUAUGACCACGGUGACCAACGGAACAUUGGGUGAAUUUCAUGCAAGUUCAACUGAUGAUGAGACUUCACCACCAACAGAAGAAACUUCAAAGGAAAAUGGAACUAACGUUGAUCAUGAAGAUAUGGAAGAAGACCCGUUUACUGCAUCAGAAUUGACACAAGUAACCUCGCUUAUUCACAACCAAAAUGGCAACAGUUCUCAAGGACAAGAGGCAGUGCCAGCCAUUGACCGGAUAAUUGCUGAAACGAGUGAGGAAUCAACUAUUACUUCCUUAUUACAAACCACAGAGCCACACGAGAGUGUAUGCGAUGUGGAAAAUGAACCUGCUCUACCUUCCACCACAGAUGUGAUGCUCAAUACGCAGCAGAGUGUAUUAGAUGGCGUUGAAUCUGAGGACCAUGUUACAGGAAACGCUAGCAACGAUCAAGUGCUGGAAACACUAGACGAAAAUAUUAUACCGGUUAUAACAGAUGGCGCUGAGUCGGAAUCGGAAAUUGUAAAUACCGGAGAUAAUUUUCUGCCACACGAGGAUACCACAGAUGUUACAGCAAAUAAAGAAAGUUCAGAAAUAGUGGAUACAAAGGAACAAACUACAACAUCAGAUACUCAAACAUCUGUUACAUUAACUGAACCUUCUACAGUGGAAUUGGCGUCCAACACAGCUGACAACGCAGCUCAUGUUGCAUCAUUUACACAAAACACCGAGUGUGCGAAUGCUGCCAAUGCAUUAAUACAAAACAAUCCUGAACAAAAGCCCAAAGUAAAGCACAAACCAGCAGAACGAGAGAAAUUGUUAAACCUUCUCCGUUUUGCUGCUCUAAAGGAGGCGUCAUGUGACAACUCUGAUGGGAACUUGGUGACACUUACAAUACACAGAAACGCAGAGGAUAAUCAUCUUGGGUUUAAUAUAAUGGGAGGAGCCGAGUCCAAAUAUGACAUACUGAGAAAAAUGGGUAUUUUUGUGACACGUGUGGAACCAGCGAGCCCGGCAGAGCACGCAGGGGUUCAAAUCCACGACAGGUUAAUCUUGGUUAACGGGACAUCGGUUCGUAACUCAUCGCACACCGCUGCAGUAAGUGAGCUAAAGAAUGCCGGUCAUGAAGUUGAAGUGGUCGUGGAAAGAAGGGAUUUUCCAUUAAACGCGUUUGCUUCGGAACAGAACUCCCCAGCUCACCAGGUGGGAUGCAGCAUUCACAGAAGAGCUUCGUUACCCGUCUCAUUUUCAUCCCAGAAGAAUCGGCCGCUACAAACUUCUUCAACUACUUUCAUGGGUUCAGGUGUUUUACGAGCGUUUCCGGCACGUUCUACACAAGAACUAAUCGAAGAUGAAUUGAAAAAAUCUCCCACAUCCCAGAAGAGUCCCCUCUCUUACUUUCAACCAUCAACAUCACCAACUUUACCGAAACUACCGCCAUCCGGACGACUUUCCGACACUCUUGAACGAGGACAAAGUCUUCUUAUUAAGAGAAAGUGCAGCACAUCGCAAGACAAGCCAUCACAAGAAGGCUUGCCUCCAAAUUGGGAAGCAUGUCGUGACCGCCACGACCGACUUUUUUAUCUCGAUCACGUGAAUCGAGUCACUCAGUGGGAGCGACCAAAACUCUCUGAUUUCCCCCCCGCAUCCGGGAGCAACAAGGAGAAUCUUGAGGAGAAAGUUGAUGAGAUCCUUGAGAAUCUUCCUCAGAAGACGAUCCGAAGAGUUAGAAGAUCAAACUCGGUGAAAGGAGAUCGGAACUAUGAGCGUGUGAUGAUGAGGUAUCAGAGCAUCAAGCGAGUGAUGCGACAAACUGCCAUCCCAGAAGAUCAAGAAGCUUCCACAUCCAGCUCACCAGUUCAUGAAGUCAUCGAACCUCAACAGGAGCUAAGUCCUCCAAAAGAUGAUCCCCCCCAAAAAGAUGCUUCCCCCAUUGCAACUAAUGUUACAGAAACCGACCAUCCAGAACCAACAACGUCAACAUCGAGUGGAAGUCGUUCAACCAUGUCCACCAUCGACGAAUCAGAAAGCGGGGAUAAUUUAGAUAAAAACCCGGCUUUUCAAUUCAUCACUCAACCUGAUUUCUUCAGACUACUUAGCACAACGCCUGAUGCAUACAGCCUGUACAUGUCCAGCUCAAGCCUUAAGUUAAUCCUCUCCAAGAUUAAUCGAUGUCCGCAACACUUUAAGGAUUAUCAACACAACAAAGAUCUUGUUAAGUUUAUUAAUUGUUUUGCCGACACCAGCAAACCGCUUCCAAGUGGUUGGGAGAAGAAGGUGGACGGACAUCGGAAACCUUUCUUCAUCGAUCACAACCUAAGAUCAACAACUUUCUUUGAUCCAAGGUUGCCUUGUCCAGAUAAACCAAACAAUGUAGAGAAUGCAACUUCCACUUCACAGGAAGAAGAUAGGGAUGACACCAACGCACCAGAUCGAAUGGAAGUUCAAUCACCAUUAGCAACCGAACCCCCAGUAAUCGCUCCACGACCAGCGGACAGUCUUUCCAUGCGAUCUCGACAGAAGAAACCACCCGUUGCAACUCCAACCCAAUCCCCAGCACAACAACAAGCAGUUGCUCCUGUGUCUUAUAAUGAGAAAGUUGUUGCGUUUUUGAAGCAAUCGAACAUACUUGAUAUAUUAAAAGAGAGAUACCCGUCAAUUACAACAAGCACUGUACUUGCAGAACGAGUCAAAACUAUUAAAAAUGAAGGUUUACCAGCUCUUGAAAGGUAUUGCAACAGCAUGCAGUUAAACAUCAUGCUAAGUUUGUUUGAAGAAGAAAUUAUGAGUUUUGUUGUACAAUCCGAUGUGCGUCCCGUAUUAGCUGAGCGACCACGAUCAAAUGUUGACAGCGUAGUAAGCAGAUCAUCUGCGUCACCAAGCGCUUCUCCGAUAACAACUCGUUCACGUACCAACACCCCUCUCCUUCGUAACUUUGAUUCAAAACUACGAAGCUUCUACAGGAAGUUGGAGCAAAAAGGAUACGGGCAAGGACCUGGGAAGAUCAAACUCACUGUGCAUCGCGACAACUUGCUGGAAGAUGCGUUCCGUAAAGUGAUGCUGUUACCACGGAAACAACUUCAACGAAGCAAACUGUUUGUCUCAUUCGCAGGAGAGGAAGGAUUGGACUACAGUGGUCCAUCACGUGAAUUCUUCUUCCUCAUAUCACGGGAGUUGUUCAAUCCUUAUUAUGGUUUGUUUGAAUAUUCAGCAGUGGAUACAUACACAGUACAGAUCAGCCCUCUGUCUACAUUUGCUGACAGCCCACAUGAAUGGUUCCGAUUUGCUGGGAGGAUUAUCGGACUUGCUCUCGUGCAUCAUUGUCUCCUGGAUGCUUUUUUCACUCGUCCUCUCUACAAGAUGCUCCUCCGAUCCAAAUGUGAUCUCUCAGAUCUUCGUUACGAAGAUGAGCAGUUUUAUCAAUCCAUCAUGUGGAUUAAAGAUAACGACAUCACGGAUGUGCUGGAUCUCACAUUUAGUGUGAAUGAAGAAAUGUUUGGCAAGAUUGAGGAACGCGAGUUAAAACCGAACGGAAAGAAUAUCGCUGUAACCGAGAAGAAUAAGAAGGAAUAUAUUGAACGUAUGGUGAAGUGGAGGGUGGUACGAGGUACACGGGAACAAACUAAUAUGCUUAUAAGGGGAUUCAAUGAAGUGAUCGACCUUCGGUUGGUUUCUGUGUUUGACGCGAAUGAACUUGAGCUUGUUAUAUGCGGUACGGCAGAUAUUGAUCUUAAUGAUUGGAGGCAACAUACGGAGUAUAGAGGAGGCUACUACGAUCAGCACCCGGUUGUUAUAAACUUUUGGGAAGCUUUGGAUCAGUUUGACAACGAACGCCGUCUGCGGUUGCUACAGUUCGUCACAGGCACAAGUAGUAUUCCUUAUGAAGGAUUUGCGGCUCUGCGUGGUCCGAACGGCCCCAAGCGAUUCUGUAUUGAAAAGUGGGGCAAACCUGACUGCUUACCAAGAACGCAUACUUGCUUUAACCGUCUCGACCUUCCACCGUAUGAUACCUUUAAUCUGCUAUGGGAGAAACUAGUCAUUGCUAUCGAAGAGACAAAUACGUUUGGGAUGGAGUGAUAUGAGAUGAUCAAAAGAAAAAUGAACGGUGAUUGCGUUAUGUGGGGGACAAUGCACAAAUAUGACGAAUGCAUUGAGUGACUGUCACUAUAUCAUUUGGAGAUAUUACGCACUGGUUGACGUAUUUGAUUUGUGGAUCACGAAUAGCCAAUAAUGCACUUCCUAAGUACAUUGUUAAGACGUGUCAUAGUUCCUACCAACAGUGAGGGUUUUGUGCAAGCAAGCAAGUAUUUAGUGAUUAUUCACUUGCUUGGAUUUAAAAUUUACGAUUGAACAACUUUUAUUUAACAUUCAUAACUUAAUACUUUGUUUUCUCUUUUUCUUCCAUAUCUCCUAACUUUACUUUAUCUUUUUUCACAGUCUGCUCUUUUACUUCCGCCUUUCGGGCCGUUAACUGUAAUUUUUUACUCCUAUUUAUAAAAGCGGGCGGCAUUUUUCAGCUGUUCCGAUUUUUACUGGUGCUAAUCUCAAUUUUAUACUCAAUGGUCGCAGCUUUAUAAGCGAAACAUCAGGCAUGGGGAUUUAUAUCAGGUUCGAUUUUAUAUAACCUUCUAAAUAAGGUAUUCUGUUGCCAAAUUAUCCUUUUCAAUCCUAUAUAGAUAUGGAGUUGUAAACAAAUAUGCACCUGACUCUUGCUGUCUGACUAUGAGGUGGUUUUAUCAGUGUUGUUCAGUUCAGUGAAGUUUGUUUUACAACUAGUUAUGGGCAUUUAACAAAGGCUGAUUUUUUAUGGCAGAUGAACAGACACUGUCAUUCUACCUCUUGCUAUCUAGGACUCUAUGUAUUAGUGUAAGUCCUUGGUCGGUAUUUAUGAUAUAUUGUAUUUGUAAUUAUUCACACUUACGGGUUGGAACAAAUGAUUGCUUAUUGUUUAAGGUUGCCACUCGCACGUUUCUCCGCUAGGCCACCAUAAUAUUCGUUCCUUUUCGUUGCUGCAUAAAAUCUUAU